AUGGGCGGAGAGAAGGAUUCUGGCAACCCUAUGAUCGAUUUCGCUAGCCCGCUCUUUCUUCACCCAUCUGAUACACAAGGGACAUCGAUAAUCGGGCAGAUCCUCACUGGCAGCGAGAAUUAUACAAUCUGGAGCAAAUCGAUGAUGAUAGCCUUGCGCGGAAAGAACAAAGUGGGAUUCAUAGAUGGCUCGUGUAAAAAGGAAGAACAAGAUCUUAAAUUUUUCGAUCACUGGGAAAGGUGCAAUGCUGUUGUAUUAUCGUGGAUCUUGGGAUCUGUCUCCAAGGACCUUGCGAGCAGUCUGGUAUAUUUUCAAGAUGCACAUACAGCCUGGGCAGACCUUAAGGAGCGGUUUGAUAAGAUUUCUGGCUCGCGUAUCUUCUAUCUGUAUCAGGAGAUUCACUCACUACGUCAAGGGAAACUCACCGUAUUUGCAUAUUACUCGCGGCUGAAAGAGCUAUGGGAGGAGUAA